AUGUGGCAAUCAUACAUCCUGUGGUCAUUUUAUCUGAUAACAAUGAAAAUAGGUAUCAUUGGCAAUCUUUGGGUCAUCUGUUCCGUUAUACGCAAUACGCGAUCUCAAAGAUACGGUUGGUUACGACGGCCAAGCGAUUGUCUAAGAAGCUAUAUUUUUGUUUUGGCUCUUGUUGAUUUCUUUGUUGUUUGCUCGCUCGCCUUACGCCUUGUAUACAUUUGGGAUGAAACGCUAACUUUCGAAUCGGCAAACUGCAGUAGCAAGCAUCAUCGAUUAUCGGAGCCACGAUACGUACGUGCAAUGACUUCAUCCAUUAUACGUGUUGCUGUAUUUCACAUGAUUUGUUGGUUUCCGUUUUGCUUUAUUGCGAUGAUUCCCACUGAGGCAUGCUCACUGGUAUUGGUAUCAAUACGAGCAAUAAAUCGGGUCAAUGAUAAACAUGCCUGGGUGUUAUGGAUUCCAAUAUUAGCAAAUUGGUUAACAUAUUUGAAUUCUGCAUUGAAUUGGAUUUUCUAUGCUGUACUGAAUCGAGAUCUCAGAGAACUGAUUAGGAAUAAUACGAGACGGCGAAAGCGUAGUACAAUGACAUAUUACCAUUCAUCGUCAAAUUUCACAAACAAAAACUCCCGACAACGAAGUUUAAGUAUUCAUGUACUUGCUGAAAGUCCGCAAUUGUGA